CUAACUUAAUUGGUGUGGUGGGCCUGAUUUUUCUGACAAAAAUACCAAGAUCUGAAAUUAGUUGUACCGGGUAUCUUGUCUAGUCGUUUGAUAUGGCAGAAGAUGAGAAGUUCCGAAUUGAGAAGUUCGAUGGUACAGAUUUCAAUUGGUGGAGAAUGCAAAUUGAAGAUUUGCUGGUUCAGAAAGAUUUGGACGUGGUUUUGGGUGACAAGCCAGAAAAAAUGUCGGAUGCAGAUUGGGUAGUUUUGGAUCGGAAAGCAAUGUCCGUGAUCCGUCUCUCGUUGACCAAGAAUGUUGCGUUCAACAUUCUGAAGGAGAAGACAGCGAAGGAAAUUAUGGACGCGCUGUCUAACAUGUACGAGAAGCCAUCUGCAGCGAACAAAGUUUUUCUGAUAAGAGAGCUGGUGAACACAAGGAUGAAAAAUGGCACUUCAGUUACCGAGCAUAUCAACAACAGUUACCAGUUCGGACCUGACGGAUUCACUUUUGAGAAGAUUCGUGACCUCGUUCUUGACGAAGAUGUCAGAAGAAGGAGUUCUGGUGAGUCUUCGGAAGAAUCACUAAAUAUCGUCAGAGGUAGAGGAAAUAACAGAGGUAGUGGGAGCAAGAACGGACGAAGGAGUCGAUCAAAGACUCGGGAUAGCUCAGGCGUAACAUGCUGGAAGUGCAAGGAGGUGGGGCAUUUCAGGAAUCAGUGCCCGAAAGAGGAUAAGCAAGUGAAAAUUGCUAGAGGCUCCGCGAGCGACGAGGAUUUGUUUAUUUGUUGUGCGGAGAGCAGUGUAGAUUCCUGGGUCAUGGACUCUGGUGCUUCAUUUCAUGCUACCCACAGCAGUGAAGCAUUGCAGAAUCUAGUUGUUGGGGACUUUGGAAAGGUACGACUAGCAGACGACGGAGCUCUUGAUGUGACGGGCAUGGGUGACAUAGUGCUGAAGACCCCUGUCGGUUUCUGGACUUUGAAGGAUGUCAGAGUGGUUCCAGGCUUGAAGAAAAGUUUGAUUUCUGUUAGGCAGUUGGACGAACAGGGACACGAGGUGAAGUUCGGAAAUGGGCAGUGGAAGGUCGUGAAGGGAAAUCUUGUCAUGGCCCGCGGAAGGAAGAGUGGGUCGUUGUACAUGGUCGGGUUACCGUCUGAGGGAGUGACCGUCCCAGUUCAGAAGAGAAACAAAGUCCGGUUCAUAGAGUCUCGUGGGCAGAAGAAGGUUUUCUGUGCAAGAAAGAAACCCAGAGCCACAGGUCAGACUCAGGAUGAACGAGCGAGGAAAGGUUCAAUGAGACCAGUCAAAGGUAUCUAUGGCAGUGGGAGCACAGGUUUUGCUUCAGCCAAGGUUCCUAUAAGACAUUGGGUCCGGAGAACCAGUAUUCCAGUUGUUGAAACAUCUCUAGAAAAUUUCUUGCUCAGUAUGGAGAUUGUUUGUUCUCAGGAUGUUCCAGGAUCCGGCAGUGCGUGUGUGCAGUGGGAGCCGGUAGGGACCGAGGACGAGUCAGGGGCAGUUCAAGCCAUGACUGAUGGGUUGAAACUCAAGAGAGUUUCAAUAGAGUCUUCUCGAUGAUCAAGAAGGCUGGUGGCAACUAGAGGUGGUGGAAUUUUGUGUUCCAUUGUCAGAUUACAGAAGUACAUGUGCACAGUUGAAGCGCAGGUGAACAUUGUUCCGUGGCUUCAAGUGGGAGAUUGUUGAGUGUGAAGCCAGGAAGCUAGGUGGAAACUAACAGGAAAUUGGCAGGAAACUACCUAGAAGCUUCUAACUUCCCUAAUCAUUGUGCUCUCCUAAUUAUUCUCUAUUUAAGAGAUGCUAAUGUGCUUGUAAUUGUGGUGCAACAACAAAUAAUAAAAUCCUCCUAGUUGCCCCGUGUGGACGUAGGUUGCAGUUGGCGGCCGAACCACGUUAAAUCCUGUGUCAUUUAUUUUUCUGCAGUUGAUUCGUGAUUGUGUGUUGUUUCCGCGUGCGUUUAUUCCCAACAGAAAAAACACAAAUAAAUAUAAAUUCCCGUA